AUGAUACAGAUCGAAAGUAAUGGAAACGAAAUUCGAAAAGAUUUAACAACAGAAGUGACCUCUUCCAUUGUUCAACUUGUACAGGAAAAGGAUAGAGAUGAUUUUGAUAUUAAUCAAGAAAUAGAAAAUUUAUAUUUUCAAGAAUUGUCAUCUUUCGAGAAUUCAAACAAUCCAGUUAUUGAGAGACUUAUCAGUAGUAAUAGCAGUAUCGCAAGAUACAGAAUUGUAUUUUUACCAGAAUGUAAUGUCAUUGAUCCGAUUAGAUCUUUGUAUACUGAUCAAGAAUGGUCAAUGAUGGAAUUAAAUUGGGAAAAAAAAUAUAAUAAAGCAAUUAUAGAUGCUACCGUAGGAUAUUACGUUGAUUUGAAUAAGGUUGAAACUACCGUUAGUCAAAGCCCGUUUUCGGAUCAACAUUUGUAUUUGUUUGCGAGGGACUGGCCUCUUAGAUGGAUGCAACAAUUAUAUACCGCCUUCUUAACAUGUUUUCAGAUGCCUAUUAACCCUCUCAAUGAUGGUAUGGCAUCUGAGUACUCAUAUAGGAGCCGAAUUAUAAAUCACAUCUGGGAGGAUCUAUUCUUUGAUAUAAAUUGUUUAAUCCGAAUGAAAACAGGCGAAAUAGAAAAUAUUGACAGAAAAAAGCAAUUAGAUUUAAACCGAAAUACAAAAAAAGGUAGAACAAAUUCUGGGAGCUGGUAUCAUGAUGCUGUUUUAAUUAUGAAAGUUGGAAACAGAGAUGUUCAAAUCGCAUUUGGUGAAGUAAUUGGAAAUGCAUUUAAACAAGAUGAAAAAAAAUUAAAUGAGGAUCGUGAAAAAUUAUUAAAAGCUAUGCAAUUGGCAUUAUUUAACCUCAGGAAAUUAUUUCCUCAAAAUAGUUCAGGCCUCAAAGAUUUGGAAACAUUUGGUUUAUUAGUGUAUA